AUGAAGUUCUUCUACCAGGUCAUCACGACCCCAACGGCCGAUACCCCCGGCACGGCCAUCUGCCUCAACUUCCCGGAUAAACGAUAUUUUUUCGGACAGCCGUCAGAAGGGUUACAACGCGCAUGUAUAGAGCGUGGCGUUAGGCUUUCUUUGCUGAGCGAUGUGUUUAUCACUGGACGAACAGAAUGGGCCAACACGGGCGGACUGAUGGGAAUCAUCUUGACUCUGGCGGACACACUGUCGGUUUCCAAUGCGGCUAUUGAGGAGGAAAAACGAAAGAAGGCCAUUCGCAAGGCGGAAACAGAAGUCAAGGGCAAAGGAAAGGGGAAUCACAGGGACCAAUCACACGCACAACGACACGGGAAGACCUCCGUAGAGCGCGAUGGUGAGGCUGCCGAUCAGGAAGGCACUCUGACGAUUCAUGGUGCUACCAAUCUUGCACACACACUGGCUACGGCUCGGCGAUUUGUGUUCCGAAAGGGAAUGCCGGUAUACUUGAAAGAAUACACCUCAGAGACACUCGCCAAGCAAGCAUCUAUCGGUGCGGAAGAUCCGUUCGAGAAGCCUUCGUGGGCCGACUCUAACAUAAAGGUCUGGGCUCUGCCUCUGAAGCCUUACUCACCAACUAUGUCUCGAGUUACGCGGUCACAAAGUCCACGGAAGCGGAGCUUGGACGAGUUCCGGGAGUCUGCUCCAUCCGUAGAUAAUCUAGACCAGCGUGCGAAGGACCAGUUGGUCAGGCAUUCAAUUGUUCAGGAUAUGUUCAAUUCAACAUGGAAGAUGGAUGCGCUCCAUGAAACACCAUUGGCUGAGGUCCAAAUGCCAGCGGCCAUGUUCAUUCGCAACCCAGAGACGAAGGACCUUGAGCCAUACAAAGGGCCAUUGCCAGGCGGCGAUGCGCCACUCCCAGAUAUCAAGGUGCUUGUUCGGAAGCCCUGGCCUGGUGCAACUGUUGAGAGCCUUCCGCCCACUACUCCCUCGAAAGAGGCAAUCUGCUAUAUUGUGCGGAACCACGACAUUCGCGGAAAAUUUGACCCGAAAAAGGCUCAGGAAUUGAAUGUCGAGAAGGGCGUCAAGUAUGCAGCUCUGACGAAGGGCGAGAGCGUGCAAUCUUCGGAUGGCAAGACUGUCACCCCAGAUAUGGUCUUGGGACCAACGCGAGUGGGAAAAGGCAUUGCCAUUAUGGAAGUGCCUUCCUCAGAGUAUCUCGAGGACCUGAUCAGCCGUCCUGAAUGGAAGUCGCCCGCUGUCAUGACCGAACUAAAGGCCUUCAUCUGGAUUCUCGGACCGGGUGUUGCUGAACACCCCAAGUUCCAGGAAUUUGUUGCCAGCAUGCCUCAUUGCAAGCACACUGUGUCGAGUACGGAUCACUGCCCUAACUACCUGGCGUUGACCAGCUCGGCUGGCUCAACUCUCCGACUUGCUCGUUUGAGAGGUGACACCUACGCAGUUCCUGUUCAUGAUAAUGUGACACUUCCUCAACCUGGUGCUUCUAAUGCUGGCUCAGAAUCUGCAAUUGCUGCCCGCAAGAACAACUCUGUGCUUGAGCCAAUUGAACCAGGUUUCAUCAUCGAUAUGGAGCCCGAAUUUAGAUUCAAGAAGGACGAAGCGAUGUCCCGCUUCAAUCCUGCAAAUGAAUUGAAUAGUAUCCCGCGAUCUGUUCAGAAACGGAUGGAAGUCAUUGGUAAACGUGUGGCUAAGCCUGCUUUCCAAAAGAAACUGCAGGCGCAGCGGGAACAAUGGCCUGGAGCCGAUGCCGAGAUUAUCGCACUGGGCACUGGCUCCUCUGUCCCAUCCAAAUACCGAAAUGUCUCCGCCACACUGGUGAAGGUUCCUGGGUAUGGCAACUAUCUGCUCGACUGUGGCGAGAAUACUCUCGGUCAGUUGAAGCGAAUCUUCGAGCCUGAAGAACUUCGCGAAGUGUUCCAGAACAUGCGAAUGAUCUGGAUCAGCCAUUUGCAUGCUGAUCACCAUUUAGGUUCAGCCACUGUGAUCAAGGCCUGGUAUGAGGAGAACUUCCAGAAUGGAUCUCGCUCGAUCGCCAGACCUGAAAAUGACAUCGCCAAGAUCCUCCAAGAGAAGCGGCUGACCGUUGUGUCUGAUGAUGGAAUGAUUCGCUGGCUUGAAGAAUAUUCCCAAGUCGAGGAUUUCGGAUAUGACAAACUUCUUACUCUUUCGGCGCAUCCUGAUUCUCAACUCACCACCGUGUUUUCUCAUCGCCUACCCGGUGGUCCUCGGGCUCAAUUAUCCUUCAACGACCAAUCAUCUCCCCUCACUCCUCUCCUCAAGUCUGCUACUGGCCUUGAAGACUUGCUCACUUGCCGCGUCAAACACUGCAGGGGUGCGCUGGCGGUGUCCCUCGUCUUCCCGAAUGGAUUCAAGGUCUCCUACUCCGGCGACUGCCGGCCAUCGGAUAAUUUUGCCACCAUUGGAAAGGGCUCAACUGUGCUCAUUCACGAGGCCACUUUCCAGCACGACAUGGUCGGAUCGGCUAUUGCCAAGCGACACUCGACCGCCACCGAGGCAAUUGAAGUUGGCCGCCGUAUGGAGGCGCGCGCUAUUCUUCUCACCCAUUUCAGCCAACGCUACCAGAAACAAACCUUUGUUGAAAGUCGUCUCACCGGAAAACCGCAGUCUGAUCGGGACGUGGCCACCAAGGAGCCCGUGGAUGCAGAUAUUCCCUUCGAUGAUCCUCAAGACCAGCCAGUGGCCCCCAGAGAUGGCCCGCUGUCCGAUGACAUCCGUGUCUUCAGUUCUGAUAAAGUGUCUUACACUGGGCCUGUUGCUGGAGCGAUGGACUACAUGCGGAUUAAGGUCGGAGACUUCUCCCUUGCGCAAGCCUAUGCCCCGGCAUUGGAGAAGCUCGUCGAGCUCAUCGAGCGGGCGACAUUCGAGGAUGGCGAGCGCGUCAAGAAAAUACGCCAAGAAGAGGAAAAUGCUCGCAAGGCGAAGAAUAACAAAAAGUGGGCCAAGCAACUUGCUACUGCCAGCGCUGCGGCAGCGCUCGCUGCCACCGAGGUUAGUGAGGCCCCUACGGAGCCCACUCGGUCUGUUUGGAGUGCCAGUGAAAGCGAGGAAGGCUGGGAAACAAGUGACUACGAGGAGUGA